GUAUUGCAAUCACCAACAACACAGUAGCAUCAUCUUUCAUAAAAUUAUUUAUUUUAUCUUUAAUUUGUCAAUAAAAUUUAUUUAUCAAUAACAACAACUUUUAAAUAAUAUUAUUGUUGAUUUUUUAAAUAUUUUGAAAUGAAAGAUUAUCCAAUUAUCACUGUGAUUAUUUUUUUUCUUUUCACCUCGUUAAAUUUAGGUGCUGAAGGUUUUAAAGAUACAUUGCGAUCAUAUCUUCGUCAUUCGGCUUUGGUCCGUCAAUUAUCAGGUGGUGAAAAAACAAAUGAUCGUCGAGCAUCAGGAAUGUUGGCACUGCCACGAGUAGGAAGAGCACCCAGUUUUGCAAGACCAGAUGGAGUUGCUGGAUUGGUACAAUAUCCUCGUGUUGGAAGAUCUGGACAGGCUGCUGUUAAUAAUUUAGAAAAAAUAUAUUCAGUUAAUAAUGAUAUUGAUUCAUCAGACGCUGAAGCUCAUCAAGAAGAAACUAUUGAUUUAAAUUAUCAAGAUCGAUUUGAUGGUGAUUCUCAGCAACGCAUUGAUAACAAUGGACCUUGGAUAGGUCUCCAUCAAAAAUAUCCCAUCAGAAAAGAAACAUCAAAUCGAUUAACCAAUUGUGACACUCAAAUUGAUGGAGCUUGGGCUUUUCUAAUUUCUCCACCUCGAGAUUACUCAAACAACAAACGGCAAUCAACAUUCAAGUUUAAUCCUCAAAUAAAAACAUCAAGUGAUUCUGAUAAUAAUAUUCCAACGCAUUUAAUUUGAAUCAUGAUUAUGGAGAAAAAAAAAUAUGUUGAUAUAUAAUUUCAUGCAUUGAUUUAGCUUGAAAUGAAAUAAUAUUACAAUGUGAAAAUAAAAAUAUUUAAAAA